GAUGUUGGAUUAUGUUAAAUAUGUAAAUAAUUCGACUAAUGAGGAAAUAAACUCAUUCCAAGCGUCAAACUUAUUGGCUUCCGGUAGGAAACAGGAAGUUUGUAUUGAUAGAUUUCGAUACUACGAUAAUAUUUUCAAUAUCUGGACUACCGGUUUUCACUUGUUCAAGAAUAUAAUUGGAGCUGUUGCUUUGAUUUAUAUGUCCCUUGCGCAAUCAUAUCAUCACGUGACAUUUGCAAUUGAAAACAUUCAAAUUAUGGCAUUAAUACCAUUUAAAUUUUUACUGGAUAUCUUAUUCUAUAAUGGUAAGAUUGACUUUUGCGAAAAUACGGCAAAGAUGAUAAGAGAAUGCGAUUAUUCUUAUCUAAUAUCGAUGACAGUGCCGUGUUUCAUUGCUGCCUUGAUCAUCAUUAUAAAAGGAUGGAAAAUGAAGAAUCAAAUCUUCAAGAAAACUAUAAAAGAACCGGAAGUCUAUUCGCUGGUUGAAAUGUUACAUCAGAAUACUCCAGAUAAGAAUGAUCUACUACUAAAGAAAUCUUCCAACUGUUAUCUACCUAAAGAGAGAUUCACUACUCAAUCGUACAAGUCGGAUUGUUUGAAGAAAGACAAUUGCACUUUCAAAUAUCAACUAGGAACUGCCAGUAAUUUUCAAGAAAAAGUAAUUCACGAUGACAGCGACACCUAG